AUGCAGCUUGCAUCGGGCUGGCUUGGCAACCUCGUGUUCGCCCUCGCCAUAGUCGGUUUUCUCUUCGGUGGCCAGUUUGUCGAUAAGUCCUUUGCGAGAAAGGCAGGCCACACCUACUUUCCGGCAUGUUUCUCAUUCGGCUGGUUCGGGUACAUCCCCGUCGCGCUCUACCGUCUGCUCUAUUCUCGCACUCUCAUGCCAAAACCUGGAAGCCAUGUGCGCGUGAUCAAUCUCGAGACUGCGACCGCGAGUGGUAAUAAAAGCUGGCUAAUAGGUUAUUACCUGCAAUCAUGCAUGCGCUCCAUGAGACGUCAGUUGGGAAGCUCACCGAAUCAGUUUCGCAUUUUUGUCUUCACGUCAGAAAGAAUCAAACCGCCAAGCAUCUACACCGUCUAUAUGGACGACGUGUUCCGCGCGUCCUUUCUUAUCGCCCAGUUCGUGGCUUCCUUCACCCUCGGCUUCAUGCGAAACGACUGGGGUGUUCUGGUCAUCACUCUGUACGGCACUCUGCUUUCAGGCUGGAUCGGUUGCCUGUCCCAGUGGAACACCGAGAAGAACCCGCCUUUGGGAGACUCGGGACACACCUACGCGCUGAGAUCGACAGCCCAUCCCUUGGAGCUGAUGGUGAUCAAGUCCGGCAGCGAGGAGAAGGUGGUUUUGAGCUUGGAUCAUCUUGCUCAGUCGUAUCGUCCCGCUUCGUCUAAAGUGCUGUCAAUUCACCUUCUCCCCUUCAUCUUGUCCUUGUUUCUUCUCCACAAGGUAAUUACGCUCGAAACCAGCCAAACUGUUCUUUGGAUCGUUGGUAUCCUCGGUAUGUUGGACAACUUCAUCUCCAGCUGGUGGACUCGGGACCCGGAGGAAUGGGAUAUGGGCGUGAACCUAAAGGAGGUCAUUCUUGGCCCAAACAUAAUGCAUGCUCUUAUGGCCUACCAAACUUCUUACGGUCACGGCAUCGCUCUCAGGCGCGAGUACUUCCCCGACAAGGUGGAUCCCAUGGUGGAAGACUGGUGGAAUGGAGACACGGCCGAAUACGAUGCUGCAAGAAAGAGGAACGACAAAACUGUGGUCCACUCAAUGCAGUAG